AUAUUCUUGCCCACCCCUUUCUGUCUGGCAGCACGCUCUGUUUUGCAGCAGCUGCCGCUUCAUCGCAGCACUUCGCAGAAUCUGCGCGGUCUGUGCAGCCGCUGAAGGCUAUGGCUGCGUGACAUAGUGACGGCUUUUCCGAAAUAGAAAGAGUUUUGCGCAGAAUCAAGCAAACCAAAGGGAGAGGGAGUGUUGAAAAACCGAUUUUCUUUCUGUCAUUCUGCAUCGACACAAGAUUGGUUUCGACCGGAAUUUCUCAUUCGACGCGUGUGGGCAGUCCGACUUAAAUUUCGUCAUUAACUGGAGUCACAAAGGUGAUUUUGUGUGUGUGUGUGUGUAUAUAUAUAAAAUUUCAGAAACUGUCCCUCUAAAUGACUUCAGGCGAUGGUGUUACAGGUCAGCUGAGAGUUACGACGACAAUCUUCUGUUCUGCAACAACUUUCGAAGUUAAAUAUGAAGCUGUAUGAACACGGAAUUGUUUCCUAAUUUAACUUAUUCCAGGCAAAUGUAAACGAACAUAAGAAGGCGCCUUCGAGAAAAUAUACAUAUUCAGUAUAAGUGAGAACUGCGUCACAUCGACUUUAACAUGACAUUUGUAAGGCCUCUUUACGAAGGAUAAAUGUACAGUAAUGUAAAGCAUUGAGACACUAAGAGGAUUCCAUGUCUUUCUUGGACUGUUCCUGUAUUUCACACACAUCAGUUGAAAAUAUCAGUGUAGAGGACCAUUACGACACAGUCAGUCAUCACUAUCUGACCAAUGAGCCAGCAGCAUGUUACCGAUCAAAAACACCUCCCAAUGAUGACAUGACUGUGCACUCCACUGAUAUCAGCCACUACCAACUUCUCUCUGAGCUGGGGAGGGGGUUCUUUGACAUCAGUGUGGUGUGCUUGGCUAGGCACAGACCCACAGGGACCCUAGUGGCUGUCAAGCAGACAAAUCUCGACAACUGUACAGAAGAACAACUAGGGGUCUUACAGAAUGAGGUGCUGCAGACUCGGCUGUUCCACCACCCCAACAUCCUGACCUCCCGGAUAGUAUUUACCUCCUCUAGCAAACUCUGGGUCAUCAGUCCUUUGAUGGCAUAUGGCUCUGCAGCUUGUCUUGUGAAGAAGUAUUUCUCUGAUGGAAUGAGUGAAUCACUCAUUGCCUUUAUUCUUUAUGGAGUAUUAAAGGGUCUUGACUACUUGCACAGGAUGGGCUACAUUCACAGGAGUGUUAAAGCCAGUCAUAUUCUGCUGUCUGGAGAUGGGCGUGUCUACCUGUCUGGUCUACACAGUCUGUACAGCAUGGUGAGAGAUGGGAAGAGGUCGGAGGUUGUGUACGAUGUACCAGAGCAGAGCUCCACUGUGCUUCCUUGGCUGAGUCCAGAGCUGCUCCGACAGGAUCUGCACGGCUAUGAUGUGAAGUCAGAUAUCUACAGUCUGGGCAUUACUGCUUGUGAGCUAGCCACUGGGAGAGUUCCUUUUCAGGACAUGCACCCAACAUUGAUGCUGCUGCAGAAGCUCAAGGGGUCGCACUGCUGUCUGCUGGAUAUCCACCCGUUGCCCUUGGAGGUGCUGGGGCUGAAAGUCUCCCGCUCCGGAGUGGAUUCUGGGAUAGGGGAGAGUGUGGCUGCCUCCAGCAUUAUGCGAACUAUGACUCGAGAGAGACCACAGAGUCCAGCACCUAAAAACUUCUCUGUGCUCUUCCACAACCUCGUCGAGUUGUGUCUACAGCAUGAUCCAGAAAAACGACCCUCUGCAAGGUCCCUGUUAACCCAUGCCUUUGUGAAACAGGUGAAAAGACACACCAAAGAGUCCUUCCUCACCCUCUUGCACCCUGCUGUGCCACUGAAUGAUCCUCAAGUACUGGCAAAGGCUGCGCAGACUGUAGCAGGGCAAGAUUCUACUACCUCUCCCGAUGGAACAGCUGGAGCAUGGGAAUUCUAAUAGGACGAUCCACAAUAAAAAUCCCUAGAUGUGCCAAUCCCCAACAGCAAUGAGCUAUAUUGCAAGUUAAUCAGAGUACAGACACUAGUGUUUUUUAUUGCUGUUUCUACUGCAAUCUAUUAUUAUUUAACAUUUUUAAAAAGUGAAAUAUGUUUAUGCAACUCAACACAUUUACACCUUUGAUCAUUCACAUCCAUUAUUAAGGAUUUGUGAAAAGGGGGGUGUGUGUAAAUGUG